AUGGUUGUAGUAGGAAAGCAACGAGAUGAAGACGUGUCAGAGCCCAUCCUGGCCAACCUGCUGGCCGAGGAUCGGACCUCUUGGUACCAAAAACCCAACCUCAGACGAUUGUACUUGAUCCUCUUCCCUGCGUGCAUGGGCAUUGAGAUCACCUCGGGAUUUGACUCACAGAUUAUCAACACAGUGCAGAUCGUGUAUACCUGGAAUAAAUACUUCGGGAGAUUAACCGGUGAUAUCGUGGAUGGUAGGCCCGAGUACCAGAUUGAACCGAACCUCAAGGGCUUUCUAGGAGCGGCAUAUUCUCUUGGAGCUAUUCUUGCUCUGCCACUUGUCCCUUGGAUUAACCAACGCCUUGGAAGAAGAUGGACGAUCAUGUUUGGGUCUUGUAUCAGUCUGGUGGGUGCAAUACUACAAGGGUUCGCUAAUGGAGUCGGAAUGUAUGUAGUAGCGCGCAUGUUACUUGGGUUUGGGAUCCCAUUUUGCAUUGUGGCUGGGUCUUCGCUCAUCGGAGAACUCGGCUAUCCCAAGGAACGACCAAUCCUCACGUCCUUGUUUAAUUCAUCCUACUUCAUCGGCCAAAUUGUCGCUGCUGCGGUUGGCCUAGGCACAGUGACUAUCGCAAGCAACUGGGCGUGGAGAAUCCCUUCACUCUUACAGAUAGCUCCUGCUAUGGUUCAAGUGGUCUUUGUGUUCUUUCUGCCAGAGAGCCCUCGGUAUUUGAUCAGCAAAGACCGACGGGAAGAAGCCUUCGACGUACUAGUCAAGUACCAUGCCGAGGGAGACCGUAACUCCGUCAUCGUGCGCGCAGAGAUCGCCCAAAUUGAACGGACUAUCAAGAUGGAGCUCGAAGCGGCGAAACAAACCUGGUGGGACAUGUUCCGCACCGCAGGGAUGCGGCGUCGGAUGUUCAUAUCCGCGUUUUUGGGAUUGUUUACCCAGUGGUCUGGAAAUACAUUGAUCUCGUACUAUCUCAGCGACUUGCUGGAUAUGGUUGGCAUCACCAACAGCGUGACCAAGUCCAAGAUCAACAUCGGUAUUGCCUGCUGGGGAUUGGUUUGUGGAACAACCCUAGCUCUCACGGCACCUCGGUUCAAACGGCGGACGAUGUAUUUAACCUGUGCAAUAUCGCUGCUUUGCGUAUACAUUGGCUGGACGAUUUCAAUGGAGCGGUUCAUGACAACAGAGGUUAAGGCUGCGGCAAUCUUGACCAUCUUCUUCAUAUUUGCCUAUUCCCCAGCAUACAACCUGGGCUACAAUGCUUUGACUUACACUUACCUGAUUGAAAUUUUCCCUUAUCUUGGCCGCUCUCGUGGCCUCUCCUGGUUCCAGUUUUAUGGCCGUGGGGCAACCUUCUUCGCCACAUAUGUUAAUCCUGUCGGGCUGGAUAGAAUCCAGUGGCGAUGGCUUUUGGUUUACUGCUGUUGGUUGGCCUUCGAAGUGGUGUUCAUCUACCUUUUCUUUCCAGAAACAUCUGGAAGGACAUUGGAAGAGUUAUCGUUUAUGUUCGAGGGAAAAGAAAAGGCGAAUGAGGUGGCUGCUGCGGUGCACAAGCAGAUCGAGGGGGAUGAGAAGAAAGAAGGCCAGGCUUAGCUGGUUUCCUACAUUGACGGCAUAUGAUAUUGUCUCUGCAGUGUAGUGCGACCUGAUAUAGCGUUCCAUAUCCACAAGGUUUAGUUGCUGCGUUAAACUUCCUGGAACAUUUCCUUUCCUUUCCUCCGCUCCCUUUUUCUCUCUGCGCUGCUUCUGCCCGUAAAUUUAGGUAAGGGGUGUGCCUUUUGAAUGCAGAUGUUCUUGAGAAUGCUAAGUCACGAAUUUAUCGGGAGUGAGUGUUCCAUUAAGAUGACCGUAAUUAUACGUAAAAACGUGUCUUCUACGUCCUGGUCUUCAUUUCACCCCGUGGGACUCCAGUGCGAAGUUCUCUAUCAAUGGCACCG